AUGUAGUUUUGCACUCCGAGCUGUUUACUAGAAUACAUCUUCCAUAAACCUCAUUUUGUUUAAUUACAUUUAACUUUAUAGUAAUAUAACGGACCAAUGAAGUAAACGGUCUGUCUGUAUUUUAUGAGGAUAGAAGUUAAGAAAAUAUAAGGAAUUUUUGAGUUCCAACUAAAACAGGGACGGGCCAAAACUAUAUCUACACACUAUUCGGAACGGAUCGGAACGAAGAGCAUAAAACUAAAAAACUCAAUGUUGCAGCGAGCAAGGUGUAAUUAGAAUGAAAUAAUAAUAUGGUGGCAGAAUGUCUUCGCCUGUGGUGUGCCGUGAGAUUUUUGAUGAAAACAGUCAACCAUCGGCCGAGGAAAUCUCUGACUAUGCUCACCAACUGGGCAUUGAUCCGGAGAGUGAGAGCCAUCUCCUUCCUCUGGCUAAAGAUGGGCUCAUGCAGGCCCUCCCAGCACCAUGGAAAGCUUAUUAUGACGAAAAGAUACAAUCACACUACUACUACAACGAGGACACUAAGAGCACACAGUGGGAGCACCCGCUGGACAAUGUAUACAGGGAGCUUGUGAAAAAGGCGCGCGACGCUUCUAUGCAAGAUGACACCUGCGCAUCUGUUCAGGAACUACUCACAUCCGAAGAGAACACCAAAAACUUAGAGCGAGUUGAAACAAAAGUCGAAAGCGAUGAAGAGCUUAGCACAGACAGUGAGAACCAUGCUUCAGACGUCAGGGAAAACGCCACGCUCACGGGACCAAGAAGGCUGACACCAUUAGGCAGGCCCCCACCAUCCCCUCUCUCCAGACUUGACAAGAAACUAAGUGACACGCGAAUAUCACCCUUAAGACGAAGCGUAGACGGAUCACUAUCGGGAAAACCAAACCUCAUGAGAAAUACUUCGGACAGAGACUUACUGAGUCGCCCGGCCUUUGGAGCAGAAAGACCCAAACUAUUGUUUAAACAACAAUCAGAAAUUAUUGACCUGAAAAUGCAUGUUUUGAAUAGUCCCGAAGAAGAAAAUUUCAGUCCGUUAUUAAAAACCAGUAAAAUAGAUAGGGGGUUUCCAUUGACAGGCAAAGGCAACAUGUUUCUCAAAAUAUCAAAAUCCGACCUACCCAGUCCUGAAACGGACAAAUCGUUUCCUUUAGAUUCCGUUACUAAGAGUGAUCCGCCUAAAGGGAUACUGAGGGAGAAAUUAUCAGAAACAUUACAUAAAAAAGUAGACAGUAUUAUUAUUGGAAGACACAAACAGCCUUCUAGCUUCGAAGAGGAUCGAAAAAGUGUCAGGUUUAAACUGGAGAAUCUGCCUGAACCCACAGUUAGUCCGGGAUCGAACAGUUCAUCGGAACAGAACGACGGUCAAAGUUCAAUAAUAUCAGCAGCUCCGACAGUCCCGCAAAUCCUAUCACCUAUAAUACCAUCAUCACCAUUAGUUCCGUCAUCACCACUUAUCCCAUCACCGGUAUUAUCUCCGCCACAAGUUCCGUUAAAUCAGAUUGUGUUGAAUCCUUUGGCUGCAAGGCCCCCGUUACCUCCGCGACCGAUGGACAGUCCAAGGGAAGUGAAGAGCUUGUCUGGAUCUGAAAGGUCUAUUGGUGAUUCUAUUGACCAAGAGAUCCCAUCACCGCCUCAAAAUCUCCUGCUUCCCGAAGUCCCGUUAUCACCAGUUGUGUCCCCUACUCCGAUACAACAGCCCGUCAAACCAAGAUUCCUAACCCCUCUUGUACCGAGACCUACUCCACUGCCAUUGUUUAAUAAGCAAAGCUCGUCCAAUUCUGAAAGUGAUUCGGACGAUAGCGAUAGCCACACUAGAGGAACAUCACCACGUCGCCGUAUCCUCAGGCCACCGCCCGGUGAUUAUAUAAAGCCAGACUUGUUCCAGAAAAACUUUCAAAAGAUAUCGGAUCUGGUCAGACCGGGUGAUAUAGAAACAGUGCCUGUUAGUUUGGAGGAACCUGUGUUUUCGGAAAAGGAGGCUCGGCCCAGGUCUCCAAUGAUACCACAAAAGAGUAAAAUAUCAAUCAAUCUAAUGGAGAGUAUAGAGUCUGAAACAUCAAUAGAUUCCCCUGAUAGGGAGUUUGCCAACUUAGAUUUAAAUGACUUGGAUGAUUCCAAUGAAAAAGAUAAGCAAAUUAACGAAAAAGAAUUUGAGAAAGAGAUUUCUAAAUCUGAGGAUACGUCUGAAAAGAAGUCAAGUGCGGACAAACCUCGCUUAGCAGAUAACAUUCAAAUACCCCAGAUAAAAGUUCCUACCCUAGAUUUCACAAAAGUUUCAGAUUCAGAUGAUUCGAAGAAAACGUCGAUUCGGGACGAUGAAUCCAAAUCAAAAUCUCAUGACACACCCAUUAUAAAAUCUCCACAAAUUAAAGUUUCACCAACUUCUAGCAUAGGAUCAGAUAUAAGGUCCCCGAGAUUAGACUAUGCCAAGCCUUGGAGUCCAUUAUCUACUUUCAAGCCGUUGAAUAAGUCAGUAUCGCCACAGAUUAAACCAUCGGAUUCCGCUUCGAGUUUAGGCAAAGGACUGACAAGUCCAAGGUUGGAUGGAGUGAUAAUAUCACAAGGGAAAUCCAGUUCUGAUAAUGUUGUUGUUGUGUAUCAAUUCGAGACUCAAGAGGAGUCUUUCCCAAAGCCAAUCAAGUCACCUUUAAUACCUGAUAUGGGUACAAGAGACUUAAUAGAAAGAAACAAAGCCGAUGAGAGAAGAAGACUGGAGUUAGCUUUACAGAAGGAGUUGGAGAGUAUAAGAGUUGAGUGGUCGGUUAGAGAGAGAAAGUUAAGGGCUGAGUUAAAUGAAGAGUUAAGGGAAGCAGAAGAUAAGUUUAUAGCCGAGAAGAGAAUGAGAUUGAGUGAGCAGGCUGAACGACAUAGGAGGGAAAUGGAGGAGUCUUUAGCAAAAGCCGAACAGAAUCACAGAGAGACUUUAGAGAAAGCUACUUCAGAAUUAGAAGCUCGGUGUAAACAUGAUCUCGAGUUCGCUGAGAGGCAGCAUAUCGAAAAUAUGAACAAGUUGCAUCUACAGAACAGAGAGAAACUGUUGGAACAACAGCGCCAACUGGAAAUAGAAAACGAACGCGCCUUAUCUGAGUUAAGGGACCAACUGCAAGCCAAUUUGAACAAGGAACGAGGGCGUAUGAUAGAAGAGAACAGAGCUACAAUAGAAACGUUAAGAGAAGAACACACUACUAGAGUUACAGAUUUGAGACACGAUUACAGGGCUGAGAUCGAGCGGCUGCGGCGGCAGCAGGCGUGCCACGUGGAGGAGGUGCGCGCGCGGCUGGCGGGCGAGCGCGCGGCCGCGGCGCGCCAGCGGGACCCGCGCGACACGCGCGACCCGCGCGACCUCCGCGACGCCCGCGCGCUCAGCGACAAGUACCGCUGUCUCAAGGAGAAGUACGUGCGCCUCAAGCAUGACGUCAAGAUGUCAAUAGAACGCCGAAACAAAAGACGUGAAAUGAGCAUGACUACAGGAUCGGAAACAGAGAAAUCGAAUUCACACAAAGCGAACCAGUCUUUAGAGAGAUGUAAAGAAUUAAACGAGACUUCAGUCAGUGCAGUAGUCGAGCCAGAGCCGCCUCGCGCUCGCAUCAACAACAAUAUCAGCGUUAAGUACAAUGAUAACGAAACAUCAUUCUCCGAUAGCAACGCUCACAAACCUAUGGACAAUAAUAAUGAGGACUACAAACUUAGGAGAGAUAAUAGCCAGCCGCCUGGCGCGGGGCUGGGUCCGCGGCGCGCGGGCGUGGCGUUCCGCUCGCCGCCGCGCCGCCGCGAGCGCCACACUGAUACAGGUGCCACAACAGACUGCCAAGAUUCAUCAGACGCCACGACAGCCGAUGAAAAACCUAAAGAAAACAUAAACGGCCAUGGAAGACGCAGAUGUUUCACAAGAUUAAAAUCAGCUUCAACGUCACGAUUGAAUUAUUCACCAAAGCGCGGUGAAGGCUGGUCGAGUCCGUUAGAAUCUCUUCGGCAGCAACUAAGAAAACUCGACGAUUUAGAAGAUCAGUUCCCAGAUUUGGCUUGUCAACCGGCUUAUAGUCUCCGUUACCCGUUCUCUGAAAUAGGCGCGGUGGGCGGCGCGGACAGCCCCGAGCUGGAGUUCGUCCGCCACCGCGCGCUGGUGGAGCGCGAGGGCAUGCGGCGCGCGCGCCAGGCGCUCAAGCGCCGCUCCGCCGCGCUGCGCCAGGCCAGGGAACACGGCGCCGCGCUGCCGCCGCCCGAUGAGGAACGUGAAGUGACAGAGCUCGAGGUGGCAUUACACCGAGCGCGAGCUUUGCUCGGGGAGAAGGAAAUAAGGCUGCGGCACAUCGAGCGCGCGCUCAAACGGCUGGCUGAUGCCCACCCGCCGCUCAUCCAGGAAGCAACAACGAGCGAAGCGUCGUCGGGCAGUUCAGGAGCGCCGGCGGAGGCUGGCGGCGCGGUACUGCGGUCCCUGCGGGCGUUACACGCUGAUGUACGGGAUAUAUGGCGGGCACUCGACGCGCGACGACCACACACUGCUUCACCGGAGACUAGUUCAUGUAACGCGGCAACAACAUCGCAGACUCGCAUGACAAUGUCCGCUCCGGAACCCGCAGUACAAGACAAUUCAGACGGCGGCGUCGCUGAAAGAGCUCGCGGAUUAAGGGCAUGGCUUCAAACCGCUCCGUAAACAAAGGUACGGGCUACGAAAUGAUUCUAUCGGAUAAUGACGUCAUAGCCUUCGUGACGGGUAACAUUUGAGAUGCUUGUUCGUGAGGUCAUUUGGAAAGAAAUCUUAUCAGUCAAUGGUUCGAAGAAAGAAUUGACACCAAAAUAAAACAAAUGCCAACGUGUUAUGUUGCUUUAUCGGUAUCGGUUUAUCAUCGCUGUCAUGGCCUAAAAUUCCACGUACAAAAAAUAUCGAAAAUAUAAUUGUAUAACGAAAUGAUAACGAAAGCAUUCAGAAAAGUACCUGUUUGAAACCUUAUUCAAUAAGGAACUUUUUGUUUACUAAGUUUAGUAUGUUAAAUCAUUUGAUUUUCACGAUAAACGUAAUAUUAAGUUAAAACAAUCGUCAGAGGGCGCUUUUGCCUUAAAGCUCAUUAUUUGUGUACCGUAUGAGACAUGUUGAAUCUUGGUAGUUUGUUGUCUGGUAAUAGUACUUUAAAGAAUUUCACGGUUUACUCAUAGCCAGAGAUUAAGAAGCUAGUAAGUCCUCUUAACUAGUCAAGCGAUGUGAAACUAGUCGGGGUUCGGAAAGUGUACGUAAAACGUAAAUUCUUUUAUUUAUAAUUAUCUUUUGCCUCAUGAUCGUUAUAACGUACCAUGCACAUCCACAGAUCUUGAGUUUAAUAAAUAAUGAUAUUUAUUCAUUGGCAAAAAAUGUGGUAUUCCUAAGGCCCUUUGGGUAAAAAGUUGUAAUUUUAGAGUAAAAUGAUCCCUUAGCUGUCCAAAACGUUUAAUGUAAUAUUAAGAUCCAUGAAUUUAAAAUGUUCACGGACGGGAAUCCCCCUGACAUUAAGAUAUUCGCACAAAUUUUGAAUUUACCUAAAUUAUCAACUUUAAUGUUGAAUAUUACUUACUUUUCCAUCCAAUAUCAUUGUAGCCAUGUGAUUAUUUAAAAUUGUAUUAAAAAUGAUAAUAAAGACAAAAUAUACGUAUUAAAACGAAAGUAAUAAAUAAACUAUUAAAAAAAUGGUUUCUAAAUGUUUAGCUUUUAGUAAAUCGUAUUGAUACACUUUUGGCCAUGAAAAGGUAUACAAUAAUAAAAUAAGAAUUCUCUUAUAAACACAAUAUGUUAUAUCAAAUUUGUGUGAUCUGAAUUGUAGUGUGAUUUUGAUGAGUAAUUCUUAGCCAAAUGAUACAUUUUUAGAUGUAAGUAGUUACUCCUAGUCAAUAUCACUCAUAGACGUGUUGAAAUGUGCUAGUUAUGACCUAAACGUCAACGUAUUAAUCAAUAGAAAGUAUAUUUACCGGUCAUAAAUAUUCAAGUUGAAUAAUAUAAAUAAUAAGAUAACUACUAUUUGAUAAUUUCUUAUUAUUGACAAUAUUAUGCUUUGAUUUUGUCGAUUAAUUAAUUAACUGGCAAAUGUUACGAAAACGGUUUAGCUUGUGUGUAAAAUGUAUUAAUAUCCGACCUUUUUUGAGUCUUAUCGUAUAACGUUGAAACGCCAUCGUCUGUGCUUUAUUUUUUUAAUGUAUAACCUGAUUCAUAAUUAUCUUGAUAGUACUCUCAUGCUUUAUAUCUGUCAAUUGCCAUUGAUCUUGAUGGAACAGAGUACUGCUCUUGCCAUUCUGGCCCUCCGCCGAAGCCCUUUGUACGUCGCGCUUCUCCCGACAGCUAAUUUGAAAUGCUUCAGAAAGCAGUUGAAUAACUAGAUCAAAUAUAAUGUAUUUGACCAUUCAGUCAUUGUAGAAACAUAAAAAAUAUCGAAUGCAGAGACAGCAAGCGUCACUUAAAAGCGUCGCUCUGGAAUUACGUUAAUAGUAUACUUGCUCUAGUAAACACUCGGGUUAAACCGUUUUAUUAUAGCAACACAGGUUAUUAAGAGUGCCCUUAUUAUAAUUUGUGAUCGGUAAAUCCUGUCCUUUUUCGCACAAUACAUUCCAGGCCAAGUGAGAGUAGUUUAAUUAUAUUUAUUAUAAUACAAGUAAUUAUAUAUAAUUAUAUAGAUUUAAACUUAUAUAAUACGUUUUUUUAUCUAAGGUUUUCAAUGCAUUUAUUAGAUAAUAGUUGUGUUUUUGUUUAAUUAUAAUGUAUGUAUUAAUAGAGGUAAGAAACCCACCUGUUGAAAUAACUUUUACAUUACUUAACUUUUAUUUUGAAUUUGAAUCGUUUUUCCUUCAAACUUCUUUUCAAAAUAUGAGCGUUUAUUACAUAUAAUUUGAAAAGAAAAUAUUAAAUAAAUAUGUAGUGUCUUAUCUUGGCCUCCAUUAUAACUUCGUACUUAGGUAGGUAUUGUAUACCCUCGCUAGGCGGGACGACUGAGAGACACCCAUGUGUUUGUAUGGUCUGGUGGAUUCACUGCAGAUGGAUACAUGUCACGAGAAAAGAGAAUAAAAGAAAUAACUUCAUCGAUAAGACCAACAUUUGCUCUGGAGUCAUCUAAAAAUAAUAUUAAAGUUUAGAACAUCAUGCAUGUAACAGUCCUCAAUUAGUUCCUUCCAAUGUUCACUCAAGGAUAAAACAAUUUGGCGCUGGUGUCAUGUUUCAGAGUAGAACACUUGGCAUUUCUAAGUUAUAGUAACAUUCUUGUAGCCUCCACGAAGCCUAACUAAACUAAACCUACUAUGAGCUCAUAAAAGAAAAAGGGUUAAAUAAAGCAUCCAUUUUAACAGUACGGAAGAUUUUUCUCGAUAAACUCAGGACAUGAUUCUUUUAACUUGUACUGUAAUUUAGUGUGGAAAAAAACUUGGACUUGAUAGUCAAAAGUAAAUAUUGUUACUUCUACGCAUUUUGUUUUGUAAAAAAUCUACGUGUACCACUGUAGUGAAUUAAACAAGACCUGGUAUGAAGGCACUGUGAUAAUUAUCAUUGUUAGGUGAUAUGGUCGUUAUAAUUCAUUCCAUUAAAUUCGUUCGUGUGAAAGCACAAGUUGUUGGUCCUAAGCCUGUUUGAUUUUAAAUUGCACAUUGCCAAAUGCUACCUCUACCAACAGACAAUAUUGUUGUAGAUCACUUAAAGGUGUAAUAAUAGAGAUGUACUUGAUUUUGUAUCAUUUAUUUUGUAGUCUGUUCAAGUGUCAUUGGUUUUCUAUAAAACACGGAAUAUUAUUGUGUAGUUCCGCAAAAUUCCGUGUUUUAUAGGAUAUGGUCAACAAAAAAGUAUAGGAAAAUAAUAUUAUAAUAAAAUUUAGAAUUCAACAUUAAUGUUGCAAAUGAAAUUAAAUCCUGGUGCCUAUUCCAUAACAUAUUUGGGGUUAAAAAAUAUAUCAAACUACAUUUUUGUUGACGAAAUCUUACAAAUUAAGAAACUACAUACUAUCUUAGGUGGGCGGUAACAACUGGCUUUUUCACUUUACUUAACAACCAAGUAUAUUUAAGACAACAUUUAGUAUAAAUCUGUUAAAUAAAGCUUCAUUCAUAUAUUUAAAUUAGAAACAAAAGCUAUUACUAACUAGAUUACGUUCCUAUCAGAUACAGAUUUUUCAUAUAAAAAUAUUUUUCAGUAUCUCUGCAACUUGCUUGCAAAAGUUGUCAGCCAUAAUUUUCUAGUUGUACGCAAAAACCGGUUUAAUGCCAAUUUAGAAGGAUUUAAAGUUGAAAUAUGAAAAAAUGUUUAAUAGCACGUUCGUAAUUUGCAGUGUUUUGCAAGCAAGUCCAAUACUUUGACCUAGUCACAAUGUUUUUAUAAAUUUAUUUACGUAUUUUUCUAGUACCUGUGAGGUGCUUAGUUUUAUUUAACUUGAAAAUUUUCUUCUAUAAAAAAUGUUACGUCCAAAAUUUAUUUACAAUUGUAUAGUCACGAAUUUUUAAUAAAAAAUCGAUAAUAUGUAUUUUAAAAUGCACAUCCUUUUGUGGGGGACAUUUUCCAUUUUAUUCUUUGUCAUAAAUAAAUGUAACUUUAAAAAAAUGGCAAAGGUCUUCCUCUCAUUUAAUAAGUAGGUUUUUUAAGUGCAUAAUAAGUAUAAAUUUCAAUUAUUAUAAUAGCAAAAAUAAUAAUAUUAUGGUAACCUACAAGUUAAAAUGUAAAACGAAUAAGAAUCUCUAAAAUGAGCCAAAAAUAUAAAUUGUAUAAAAAUAUAAGCUAUAGUUACAUUAACAUGGGUUUCAGUCUUUAGAGAUAAUAUAAAUAAACUGAAAAAUUUCAUUUUCCUCUAUGUAAAAAAAUAUUACAUUUUGGUCAAAUAAUGUUUGAAAUUAAAAUACUUUUAUUAUUAUGAAAUUUACGCAAUCUUCAACGUUUCUUACAAAACCUUUUUAAUGCAACUACAGCUCCAUAUAAUCAGUCGUUCACAACGAUACUCUGCCGAAAUAAAUUUGAACAAAUCAA